AUGUUUGUGGCUUUGAAAGUUGAGCUCUGCUGCAUAGCUGCAUGGGUUGGAGAUUUACCCGAAAAUCCUAGUGCUUUCCUAGCUGUCUCAUCUGACGAAGCAUUUAUUCCGAUCGACGAUGAACUUAGCAAAGCUUGCAAGCAGUUUCUCCACCGAGAGAGUUGUCGUUUCCAACUUGCAGAGAUCCAGCUCGUCCUUUCGACUGAUCCUAGAUUUUCUGCAAAUCAAUAUACCAGCAUGUUAAGGGAGAUUCACAGCCAUCUGAUCGAUAUGCUCAAGAAUAUAGGAGUUCCCAGCUCCUCAAAAACUGCUUUUGCCCAGCUUGUGAUACUUUUGGAUUGGAAGGGAAAUUUUGGAUUACUGGAAACACAGGACGCUAAGUGA